GUGGUCUUGUUGGUAUGUAUUUAUGAUGGUCCGACCAUUCCUCACGCGAUGCGUAUGGCGUCGUAUUGCUCUCCUUUGUUGAUUUAUGGUUGUUUCUAUAACCUUACUUUCGUUUUUUAUGGAGGCUUUAGGUGGUGUUUACUCUGUGGAAGUUUGGCAUCGUUUAGAGCGUUGUAGCAGGUUGUUGGGGCUCUUCCAGUUUUACGAUUCUGGUGUUCAGAUUUGCUCUGAUGAAGCAACUGUGAUAUGUCAUUUGCAAGACCUCUCUCCAUAUUUGGUCUCUGUGUUUGAAGUUAUGUAUGCGCCCUUGCCUCGGUUUCACCGGCUUGGUUUCUUGUGCUAGUGACGGUUUGUUUUGGAUAAGACUUUCUUCUCUGUUUCUCACUUGGCAAGUGUUUUGGUUUCUUCAACUUUGGAUUUCAACAACAUGGGAAAGAGAAGACUAUUUUCACUGAGUUAAGACAUGUUUCUGGUGACAAAGUUCCUUCAUGUUCAAGCUGAGCUCUGCUCAAGCUGCUAGUGUAGAUAAAAGGAGGACAUUCAGCUGUGAAAUAAAAUGAACUUUGGACAGUGCAGUCUCCUUUGUAUCUCAAGAAACCUUUGUUUGAGAUAGUUUGAAUGCUUGGUCGCUGGAGUAUGCACAAGCAAUUAGGAGUGUAAUAGCUUUAAAAAUUGCAGAGUGCUACCAGUGACAAAGGUAUCAAUCGUACAUCGCCAACAAUGGUUCUCACUGGCUCCUCUCUCUAAUCUCUGCAGAAGCUGUAUCACUGCAUACAUGAUUUGGAAAUGUACACCACAGGAUUCCACCUAUUGGGGUGUGAAAGAUUUGUCUUCGUGUACUAUUACUUUGACUCAAUAGCCUCUAUAUACUGGUUAUUUUCUUUUCAUGCCUAUUGGUGUGUUUCAAUUUUUUGUAACAACAUUAUGCAAUUUUGCUUUGGUGACUUUAUAACAUUGAGCAUUAAAAAAAAAAUACAUACAAGAACAAUACAAUAU